CUUACUUAAUUUUUUUUUUUUUGCACAAAUUGUCAAACUUUUUUUUUUUUUUUACGGCCGCGCGUUUUUUUUUUUGUGUGCAACUUGAGGAGCGCCCAGACAUAAAGCAGGCACAUGUAGCCAUUGUUUCCUCACACAUGGAUCUUGUAGUGCUGUGAGUAACCUCUCCCAGGCUCGGACUGCAGUUUUUGUGUGUCCCCCGGGGGCCCCCAGAGAAGGACAUCCCCUCAGGAGAGGGGACGCACAGGCUGCCAGGGACGACAAAGUUUGGACAAGUUUCGUUGCAAAAUACUGUGGAUUAUCGCCGCCAUGGACGUCAGGACCACGUCCAGAGGAUGAAAAAAAUGGACAUUUUCUGGUAGUUAGCUUUGUCUCUCAAGUGGUUUGUUUCCGCUGUUGCGCACGUUUUUUUUUUUGUAUUUUUUUUUCAUCCUCUUGUUUAUCCAAUUUACUGGUGUGCAAAAAUGCCUCAGCUGAACGGAGGUGGCGGGGAUGAUUUAGGGGCCAACGACGAAAUGAUAUCGUUUAAAGACGAAGGCGAGCAGGAGGAAAAGAUUUCCGAAAACGUCUCGGCGGAGCGAGACUUGGACGAUGUCAAGUCCUCGCUAGUCAACGAGUCGGAAAACAACAGCAGCUCCUCGGACUCGGAGCAAGCAGAGAGGCGGCCCCAAACAAGAGUUGACCAAGAAAGUUAUGAGAGAGCAAGAGACUACUUCAGUGAAGCACUGAGAAGACAGCAAGAUGGAGGUCUCUUUAAGAGUCCCCACUACCCUGGCUACCCGUUCCUCAUGAUCCCAGACCUCACCAACCCUUACCUAUCCAACGGCUCUCUGUCCCCCAGUGCAAGAACAUACCUGCAGAUGAAAUGGCCUCUUUUGGAUGUUCCCGGCUCUGCAGGACUCAAAGAUUCCCGAUCUCCAACACCAGGCCAUUUAUCCAAUAAAGUUCCUGUAGUGCAGCAUGCCCACCAUGUCCACCCGCUGACGCCCCUCAUCACCUACAGCAAUGAACACUUUUCUCCUGGCACGCCACCAUCACACCUCUCUCCAGAAAUACUCGACCCAAAGACAGGUAUACCUCGGACACCACACCCAUCAGAACUCUCUCCGUACUACCCCUUGUCCCCAAGUGCUGUUGGUUCCAUUGCCCACCCCCUCGGCUGGCUGAUGCCGCAGCAGGGCCAGCACAUGUACUCCAUUCCUCCAGGGGGAUUCCGUCACCCCUAUCCAGCACUAGCAAUGAAUGCAUCCAUGUCCAGCUUGGUGUCCAGUCGUUUCUCCCCUCACAUGGUGACUCCACCACCGCACAGCCUCCACCAGACUGGCAUUCCCCAUCCUGCCAUUGUGUCACCAGCCAUCAAGCAGGAGCCCAAUUGCGACCACACCGUCCACUCAAUGCAUGCCAGGAAAUCUCCCAUGCCUCCCAAAAAAGAGGAGGACAAGAAGCCUCAUAUCAAAAAGCCUCUGAAUGCUUUCAUGCUGUAUAUGAAGGAGAUGAGAGCCAAAGUAGUGGCAGAGUGCACUCUGAAGGAGAGUGCUGCCAUCAACCAGAUCCUUGGAAGACGGUGGCAUUCCCUAUCGAGAGAGGAACAAGCCAAAUACUAUGAGUUGGCUAGAAAAGAAAGGCAACUACAUUCCCAGCUUUACCCAGGAUGGUCAGCAAGAGAUAACUAUGGAAAGCGGAAAAAGAGGAAGCGGGACAGUAAAUCUGACUCAAAACCGGAAGACUUCUCGAUAAGAAGCAAGAAGCAGUGCGUUCAGUACCUGCCCCCUGAAAAGAUGUGUGACAGCCCAGCGUCGUCUCACGGAAGCAUGCUGGAUUCACCAGCCACCCCCUCCGCAGCUCUGGCGUCGCCUGCUGCUCCUGCGGCCACUCACUCCGAGCAGGCCCAGCCACUAUCGCUCACCACCAAACCGGAAGGACGCAUGCAUCACCACUUCUCUAUACUCGGAAAGUCUUCUGGAGCUACGUCCUCUUCAUCCUCAUCGUCAUCAUCCUCCUCCCAACCAGCCAUCUCCAUCCCAACUGGUACUUCAGGUAGCCAUUCGACCCCACCCAUCCUGACCCGGCCGAUCCCCUUCACCUCUCUGCACCCCUCCAUGCUGUCACCCUCCUCGCCUUUCCAUCAGGCAGCACUUCACUCCCAUCAUGCCCUGUUCCAGUCACAGCCCCUCUCCUUGGUUACCAAACCAACUGAAUGAAUCUGCAAAAACAAUUUUUCUACCAUUUAUUAGGCUGUAUAUUGCUUUUUCCUGAAGAUAGGUUGUAGAGAAACUUUUUUCUGAAUAAUGAAAAGGAAGAAAUAUUAUUGGUCAAUAUUUGACUGUCUUCUUUUCUACAUCUCUCAAUGAAACAAAGUGUAUUUUUUGUAAAGUUCAUUGCAGAACCAGUUUUGUUUUUAAUGCAUUUAUCCAACAAACCUCUUGUAUAAAAGGACAAUGUACAUACCGUUUCUUUAUAAAAACAAAAAUCGAACAAAAACACAUUUUCUUUGUAGCCACAAUCUGAUUAAUGUUAGUCUUAUGUUUUUUUUGUCCUUGAGCUGGCCAAUAAUCUUGAAGCCCUGUUUUCAAUUCACAAGCGUGUGCCCGUUCUUUGACAUGUUAAAUAAACAUUUGAAAUUGU